UUUCUAUGGCAACGGAAACAGAUAACAAUGAAUCAAAAACCAGUAUGGAAAGAUCGAGAGAUCAAGUUUGAUAUCAUGAAUAUCUACAACACGAUUCGUACCGGUGAGAAGGUGCUGGAAAUUCUUGACUCCAUCGAAGACACCAAAGGAAACCUGGGCGAUCGAGGGCGCCUGCUGGUGACCAAUUUGCGUAUCAUCUGGUACUCCGUUACCACAAAUCGGUUCAGUUUAUCGAUUGGUUUCACCUGUGUUCUCACGAUGAACACCAAAACCGUGGUGUCCAGGGUACGGGGUACCACCCAGGCACUGCACAUCCUGAGUGUUGGGAAUAAUUCCCGGUUCGAGUUCGUCUUCACUAAUCUGACCGUAAACAAUACACGCCAUUUCUCGGUCAUAUUCGAUAUCUACCGACUGUAUCAGGCAUCGUUCCUAUAUCGGGAGCUAAAACUGCGAUCGUCGAUUGUCAGCGCUGGGCAGUUGAAUGUGCUUGCACAGGAGCAGGUGUUCAACACGAUCAAUGGGGUAUGGAAUCUUUCCAGUGAUCAGGGAAACUUGGGUAUCUUUAUCUUUACCAACGUGCGAUUAGUUUGGUUCGCCGAAAUGAAUAACAGCUUCAACAUAUCGUUACCGUAUAUGCAGAUAGCCAGCGUACGCAUACGAGAAUCCAAGUACGGACCGGCAUUGGUCAUACAAACUCUGGAUACAGCCGGAUCGUAUGUGUUGGGUUUUAGAGUAGAUCCCCAGGAUAAACUCUCCGAUGUUUAUAAGGAGAUACAGUCGUUACAUAGUGUCUACACGGAAACGCCUUUGUUCGGUGUGUUUUACGAGCAGAGACCAGAUGUUGUUCGUCCUCCUACCGAAUCGAUUGACGAUAUAGAAGAACUUGAUCAGUCGGCAUCUGGAGAGAUCAACAGCAAGUUUACGGCCUAUCUGGCGGAUUCCGAUACCGGCGGUAAGCGGCGUAAACCAUUCUACUGCAAAGAGCUAGGAUUUGCCAUGGAAGGGAUCAAAGACGGGUAUACAUUAAAGGAUUUGUGGGAAGUGAUCCCGAGUGCGUCAUCGUCAACCACGGUAGGGUAGUGAUUUAUCACCGGAAAAAUUGCUAGAACAGAUCUUUGGUCAAAAAAGAUGCUUAAUUGUUGAAUCGGACUGGAAUGCAAACAAUUUUAGCUCGGGGUAAAUAAAGUAACCAAUUUCACAUAUUCCCAAGUGAAGCAAUGUUUAACAUUGUAAAUAAUUCGAAAUAAAUGCAACCAUAUC